UUCUUUCAACAUGCAGCUCACCCAGAUAUUUUCUAUCAUCACCUUUGUGCCAUUCUUGGCCCUCGCGAACCCAGUUGCUAUCGACAAUAGCGCUAUCCUCGUUCGCCGUGGAGGCAAGGACUUCUGCGGGUCCGAUCUGAAAGCAGUCGGUCAGGCCUGCUCUUUCGGCAGUAGCGAGACCCAACCACAUGCCUGUGAUAUCAACAAUGAAACCCAUGUUCUGGAAUGCCGAGAUGGAAAGUGGGCUGUCGACCACAGUUGCCCCGUGAACAAAUCGUGCAAGUGUAACAGGGGUACUCCUCUGAAGGGUGACCUUGUCUGCAGAUAAUUUGACGAAGAUUUGCCGAUUAUGAAGUACAGUGGAGGGGAAAGUUCUGUUUUUCAUUCGUCUCACUAUAGUCAC